UCAUAAUUCAUCAAGAGCGGGCUUUCUUUUCCUUUUGCUUCUUUGUCCGUGCCCUUGUCAUUGCAGAUUAACCAUUUGGCAGUAAGAAUCUUGCAUGGCGUCCGUCAAUCAACUCAAUUUUCGCGUAUCGAAACGUCGACAGGGUCCGUCGCCUGAAACAAAGGACGUGAAACCGACAGCUACCAAGCCGACAUCACCGUCAGCGGCAUCGUCGUCUGUUCCACGCUCAACAUUAAAGUCAAUACCACGAUCGGCGAGAGCACGAUCGGCCAACGUCAGGGCCAACCAUUCUAUUAAGCAGUAUUUUGCUGUCAACAAGAAACAAACGGCAGGUCCGCCUAGAGUUGAAACCGCAUCCACCGCAUCGGCUGUUCCUGCCGGACCUUCGUCACCGUGUGAAACCCACGAUCCGGCGGUCGCUGAUGAGAAGAAUACAGAUAAAAACCCAUUCACAUCUUCGUCAUUGGAAAAGAAAAGAAAGGAGGUCAAUCUUACGGCAACCGAACAAUCAUCAAACAAGCCAGGCACCUAUGAUGAUGAUGAAGAAGAAGUACCUCUUGUUUGUCGAGUCAGACAAUCAGUUCCGAUGGCGACCGUUCUGUGGGCUCAGGUGUUGGAGGAACUUGAUAACCAGUCCAUCACAAAUCAAUUGGCGGCCGAUACGGACGGAUGCUUGAUGAAAGAUGAACGUGAGGCCGUCCAUUACAAUGCUUCCGAUGCGCCCAUAUCUAUGGCCUCCAUCCGACGCAAGCGAAAGCAAGAUCAUCUCAGCACGAUUCGCCGGUUACGUCCACGCACAUCCAAACAAAACAUGACGAUCUACGAUUAUUGCAACGAAUAUGCUCUAGACGAAAGUGAUUCGGAAGACGAAAUCCUGGAACGACCUAUCCGACGGCGCAUGUCCGCAGAAGAAACGCAGUCGUUCUUUGAUCACAUUGCACAGGAAAUACUGUGUUACGAAUAGAAAUAACCACCAAAAGAACAAAAAGGCCAAAGGGCGUUUGGUCUUUUCUGGAGAUUCCCAUUGCAUUAUUCGUUGUUCCAAUGCCAUAGGCUUGAGUCCAUGUAUGAAUAUCACCCUCGUUGAUAUCAACAUAGACAUAAAAACUUUAUCACAUCAUUGCGGAAACGUACUGCUUUAUCAAUACUUGGGA